UCGAACCAAAGAAGAAGAAGAAGACGUACAGGAGUGACGCACUACGUCAGCGCGACGUUCGGUCGUGGCUCUUUCCAUACUUUGCUUGUUAGCAUGUUGUGGCUAAACUCUUUUUCUCCAACUUAUAUCGUCUAAAAAAUUACACUUUUUGAACUUCCCGCUCUUGAGGGCGCCAUGAGUACGCUAUGGAUGGGAAACCUGGAUUCCUACAUGGAUGAGAAGUUCAUCACUCGAGCCUUUUCUACCAUGGGGGAGCAGGCGGUCAGUGUUCGGAUUAUACGCAACAAAUUGACAGGUGUCCCAUCCUCCAGCAGUGCUCUAGGUUAUUGUUUUGUUGAGAUGGCAGAUGAGGCCACAGCUGAAAGGUGUCUUCGUAAAAUCAAUGGAAAAUCACUACCAGGAGCCAGCCCGCCUACAAGAUUCAAGUUAAAUCGAGCCACCUUUGGGAAACAAGAGACUGGUCAGAUGUAUUCUUUGUUUGUGGGAGAUCUGACUCCAGAGGUGGAUGAUGGAAUGCUGUACGAGUUCUUCUACAAUCGCUACCCUUCUUGUCGUGGAGGAAAAGUGGUUUUGGACAGUAUGGGAAACUCGAAGGGCUGCGGCUUUGUUCAGUUCCCAGAUGAGCGUCUGCAGAAGAAAGCAUUGGACGAUUGCCAGGGAGCUUUGGGCCUGGGUAGUAAACCUCUGCGACUAAGCUUGGCUGCUAACAAUUUGAGGAACAGGCCGCCACAGACUGAGACCAAAACCUGGCCAACUACUGCCUCCUACACUACAACCUAUGACCAGUACAGCCAGUACCAACAGCAGGCUUAUCCUAACUAUUACUCUUCUUGGGGCUACGAUCAGACUGCAGCAACGUAUGGCUACGACUAUUCACAGUAUGACUACUCACAGUAUGCCCAACAACAGGAACCAGAGGUUCCUGAGGAUGAUGGACUUGAAGACCCUUCGCCACAACUGGAUGUGGCAGAAACCAACAGGAGCUUCAUAGAAAGCAGUGAAGAACUGUAUGAUGCUCUAAUUGAGUGUCCUUGGCAAUCAGUGGAGUUCGCCUUGGAGCAGGACCAAGUGAUGGCAACCAUACCUGAACCACUUUGCUACUAAGUCCACAGGAAGUUGCCCCAUAUGAUUUUAUCUACAGCUGUCCACAGGAGGUUUGAUAAUAUAAUCCAUCUUUUUUAAGGAAAAAUAGUUUCAUUGAGUGUUCACAGGAUAAAACUCAAUUGCUGGCAAUUCACAUCCUCAAUGCUUUUGCCCCUAAUCUCAAGUGUGUCGUCUUAAAAUGGUUUAUUUCUAAAAAACAAAACAAACUAACCUUUCAUCCAUCCAUUUUCUACCGCUUGUCCCUUUUGGGGUCGCGGGGGGUGCUGGUGCCUAUCUUAGCUGGAUUCAAUACAAAACACAUUUCCACAUUACAUAAAAUACAAUUGUUUUUGUUCAUGUGAAAUUAUUUGUACUUUGUGGUUUAAUAUAGACAUCUGCAAGUGUUGUAUUGAGUUAUGCUGUUGCAUUAAAAUACAAUAAAGCUGGAAAGAUCAAAUGUA